AUGUCAACAACUAUUUCAGCUCCCAGAGCAGAGCAAUUAUUAUCGCCCCUGUUGGCAUCUCUACCCGCGGCUUCUGUAUCUCCUCAACCUCCAACGGCGCUGCUUCCUCUACUUUCGCCGAUUUUACGUCAGAGAGUCCAAAUAUUAUCUUCGACUUCGAACGAGCCAUGGCUGCCAUUACUCUGCUACGAUGAUUCAAACGUCUCGAAAUUACAACAAGCUAUAAAAAAUGACAGAUUAGAAGCACAUCCCGUUUCUGGUGAGGUUGAGGUUGAUUGGGAGAGUGAGGUGGAAAUCCAAUAUCGACGACUCGAUGAAGAGACCUUACAAGCUCUAGUUGUACUUAGAGAUCUUGCUUUAAGUGCACGACUUGUAUUGUCCUCUCAAGUGGUCUCGAAUGCAGCUAAAGAUACCGAGGCAGAGAAUGACGAUGAUGAUGAUUACUGGGCUCAGUACGACAACACGCCCGCUCGUACGCCCGCACCAAAACAUUCUCCCGCACCCCAUUCUAUGCAAAACGUCUCGAGGAGUGCAGAUGAUGAAGACUCAUACUACGCAACAUAUGCGGAUGUACAACCUGCCAUGGAUAGCCAUGAUCCAGACGAGGCAGCACAAAAUGGUACAUACCGUCGAACAUCACCUCAUGAGGCGAAACCAUGGUCAGAGUCUAGUAGCGGGAUCAUCAAUGAGGGGGAUUAUGUUGAAGUUGUACAACCACGACCAGGAAGUAGAACUAGCUCAAGUGGGAGUGAGACAGUGGCAAAACUCGAGAAGAGAGCACACGCUCGGGAACAGAGCGAGGUUGGCAUCAAACAACAUAUUUCGACAAGUGUGAAGAGUCUCUACAGAUUGGCGAAAGUAUCAGGGAUUGAGAGGGCCGAAUUUGACAGGUUGAUUCGAACAGAGUUGGAUUGCUUGAGUUUGAUGGAUGAAGACGAGGAUGAUCAGUGA